AUAAUAUUUUAAAACCACGUUAGUAAACAAUAGCAAGCGCGUAAUUUAAUCGAAAAUUCUAAAACUAUAUAUUAUUUCACGUUUUACUCAGAUAAUAGGGACUCAUCCAUAAGACUAUUGUGUAGUUUUCAAUGUGGCCAUUUAGUCGUAUAUCGAACAAGCAGAAUCCAGAACCCAACACGAUAGUCCGCGUGCCGAUAUCCAAGGUUGUGGUUGACAUAUACAAAAAGGAGCGAAAAUAUGUGGAAUUGGACGUUCGAGAGACAAAUUUACAUCAGAGUAAAAGUUGGAUGGACAAUUGCAUGUCGAAGCUUCGUCCCAGGACUCCACCUGGGAUGUGCGUACAAAUGAAAAAACGUUUGAUAAAAAAGUUGCACAUCACAAUCUACAAGAAAAAAAGGAUUAAUAUCCCGGUUGAAAUGCACAAAGAAAACGGAAUCAUCAGUAAAAAAACCGUUCCGACCGCAGAAAAAUGACGUGCUGAAUGAUUCGAAUAAUAUAUCCGCACGUAAAUCUAUCUACGUUUUUGAAAAAAAAAAUGUAUAUUGCGAUAAAGUCAAUAACACGCAGCGAUUUAUUUGUAAAGAAAAAAAAGUAACGUAUUUUAUUUCUGUUUUACUUUGACUUUAAACAUUUUAAUGUUUUUAACAAUUAUUCGGUA